AUGAGCUCUUGUUGUACGUCGAAUGAAUUGCAGACAUUAGAUCCUUGGCCACAGUUGACAACGGAUGCUGUUGAUUUUCAAUUUGAAAACAAUUUUGCCACCGACCAGCAGUCGUUCCAACCACUGCCCGACAAAGAAGAAUACUUACAGCGUUUGGAGCAUAAACUGAAAAGACUGAAGAACGGUUCACAGUCCGAUAGUACAAAACGCCGCCAAAUUGUCGAUCAACUGUGUGAAGCUCGCAAGUCAUGUUUGGAAUAUUUGGUGGAUUCAGAUAAUAUAGUAUUUGAAAACGAGCAGACAGUCACUCAACCUUCAGGUCUUUCCACUUGGAUCAAUCCAGAACAGCCAUUGUCUACAACUGAAACCCAACGACUAAUUGAACAAGAUACUCAAGAUGAAUGA